GCGACCCUGGCAACUUGUCGCAGACGACGCACGUUCCGAAUGUCCACGGGCGUUUCGCGCACUACGAAAGAGAGCAGUAGCGACCGUCGAGUAGCAUCGUGUUAAGGGAGCUCCGGUGAUUAACCGUGACUGGUGCAUAUUAGAAAUGGCCACUGCCGUAGACAAAGAUGCCUUAUACGCUGCCUACGAAGAUGUCAGAUCAGAUUUGACAAAAACUAACUGGGCUAUCUUCAAAUACGAUGGGACCAUGAUUUCCUACGAUUCUUCCGGAGACGAUCUAUCAGAAAUAAACUCCAAAUUUUCUGAUGACGAACGAGCCUUUGCCUUUGUACGUGUCAUAGCAGGUGAUGAAAUGAGCAAGCGUACAAAAUUUGUAUUUUUGACAUGGAUCGGACCAAAAGUGAGUCCACUUAAGAGAGCAAGAGUUAGCACAGAUAAAGCAUUAGUGAAACAAAUAAUCCAGAACUUUGCAGUGGAACUUCAACUAGAGAAUGCAGAUGAUUUGACAGAAGACUAUUUGCGGAAAGAAGUAAAGAAAGCAGGUGGUGCUAAUUAUGGUACAGGUAUCUGAAGUGUCAACAUAUGAAUGUUUGUGUGCCCAAAGGUGUAAUAAUAUAUGGUCUUUUUUUAUAUAACCAGAAUGUCAUAAAAGUGUCAUGGAUAUUUAUAAUAGGUAACAUUUUUAUUAAGGCAUUGAAUAGAUCUUUCCAUAAAGCAAUCAUAUCAUAUACAUGCAAACUGUGAUAAUCAUUUUGUAUGUGCUGGAAUGUAUCCAAUUUUUUUGACCCAACAAUUUUUAUUGCCCAACUGGAAAUAUUCCAGAGGUAGACCAAAUCUAUGAUUGAAGCGUCCAUUUUUCUUAUUGAUGUUUUAUGGAUCAACAUAUUGCUAAAUUUUUGUGUGAAUAAAAAUAUUGAUAUUUAA